GUCAUGGAUGCCAAUGCUAAACAUUUUCCGGCUCCGAUCUUCUACUCCGACUCACCACACAAUUACACCACAACACAACAACAUAAAAUGCACACAUGAUAUAACAAUAUACCCACAACAACCACACUACGCCCGCGCAGCCCGCCCAUCACAUCUCAAAGGGCACGAACUCAGAAAUCACAAACAUGGAAACCCGCGCCCUCCACCACCUCGUGCGCCGCACCGCACCGCGCUUUUCCGCCCUCCCUCGCCAUACCCGCCACCACAGCACCAACACCCCCUCCAGCCCCGAAUGGCCCCAAGCCAAACCCCUGGGUCCCUACUACGAAUCCCUCCUCUCCCACCCCCUCUCCGGCGCCUUCACCGCGGACCCACACCCACCGCCGCCUCCGACUUCCCCCCCCAAGUCCAUGAAAGAAGAGAACAUCGCGCGCGCCCGCGUCGUCUUCGGAUCCCGCCUAGCAGGGCCAGCAGAACGGCGCGCCGAGCUAGCCAGCAAGAGCGAAUUAGUAGCCGGGGUGUUGGUCCCGCCAAAACCGGAGGAGCCGGAUAAUUGCUGUAUGAGCGGGUGUGUGAAUUGUGUGUGGGAUCAGUUCGGGGAGGAGGUGGAGGAGUGGGCGGCGGCGAAGGCGAGGGCGGAGAGGGCGGUGGGGAGGGAGGUGGGUGUUGGUAUGGGGGGGAAGGGAGUGAAGGGGGGGGAGGAGGCGACGAGUAUGGAUGAUGAUGGGGGGGGGAGUGAGACGAAUUGGGAUGAAGGGUUGAGUGGGGAGGUGUUUAAGGGGGUGCCGGUGGGGAUUUUGGAGUUUAUGAAGCAGGAGAAGAGGUUGAAGCUGAAGCAUGCUAAGGAGGGGAGUGAGGGGGGCUAG